AUGGCCGACCGUGGUCACUUCCGCGGUGGCCGAGGAGGUGGCGGACAUCCCCGCGGAGCGCGGGGCGGACGAGGCGGUGGCCGAGGUGGACACGGAGCUGACUCGGGCGCUAGCGGCAGUGCACCACAAGAGCGGGAACGUCCAAAGAAAGAGAACAUCCUCGACCUGAGCAAAUACGUAGACAAGCGAAUCACCGUUAAGUUCAACGGCGGUCGAGAAGUUACCGGCACGCUCAAGGGUUACGACGCGCUGAUGAAUUUGGUUCUCGACGACGUACAAGAGGUCAUGCGAGAUGAUGAAGGCAAAGAGGCAACUCGGUCGCUGGGCCUAGUGGUCGCUCGGGGUACUCUACUGGUGGUGAUCAGCCCGGUAGACGGAAGCGAAGAGAUUGAGAAUCCCUUCGGGCAACAAUCGGAGGAUUAG